GGGUAGAGGAAGGUCAUAGGUCUCAUUGAGUGGGACUUGCCUGCUUCUCUUGCACCCUGUCGACUCCUGGUUUCCAGCAUGGUGUGUUUUCUGCUCCCCGGGGGCUCCUGGAUGGCAGCUCUGACAGUGACUUUGAUGGUGUUGAGCCCUCCCCUGGCUUUGGCCAGGGAUAUUGGACCGCAUUUCACUGUGCAGGCAAAGCAUGAGUGUCGUUUCUACAACGGGACGGAGCGGGUGCAGUUCCUGGACAGAUACUUCUAUAACCGGGAGGAGAACGUGCGCUUCGACAGCGACGUGGGGAUGUACGUGGCCGUGACGGAGCUGGGGCGGCCGGACGCGGAGUACUGGAACAGCCGGAAGGACCUCCUGGAUGAGGCGCGGGCCGCGGUGGACACGUUCUGCAGACACAACUACGGGGUUGGUGAGAGCUUCACGGUGCAGCGGCGAGUUGAGCCUCUGGUGACUGUGUAUCCUGCAAAAACCCAGCCCCUGCAGCACCACAACCUCCUGGUCUGCUCUGUGAAUGGUUUCUAUCCAGGCCCCAUUGAAGUCAGGUGGUUCCGGAAUGGCCAGGAAGAGGAGGCAGGGGUCGUCUCCACAGGCCUGAUCCAGAAUGGAGACUGGACCUUCCAGAUCCUGGUGAUGCUGGAGACAGUUCCUCAGAGUGGAGAAGUUUACACCUGCCAAGUGGAGCACAUAAGCCUGGCGCGCCCCAUCACGGUGGAAUGGAGGGCACAGUCUGAAUCUGCAAAGAGCAAGAUGCUGAGUGGAGUCGGGGGCUUUGUUCUGGGUCUCCUCUUCCUUGGGGUCGGGCUGUACGUCUACUUCAGGCCUCAGAAAGGACACUCUGGACUUCAGCCAACAGGUCUCCUGAGCUGAGGUCCAGAGUGAAGUCCAGAAGAGCCUCUGCCCCAGCUCUUCACAGCUGUGGCUCUUAUUAUUCCACAGAAAGAGUGCUUUCCAGGAUCCAGCUUGCUCCUUUUUCAGUGACCCUACAGAAAAAUCCUGAGCCCCUGCUCUUGGCCUGGAGAUCCUCAAUAUUGAUGCAGCCUUGUUAUCAUUCUUUUCAGUUCCGAUUUUAUUCAGUCCUUACUCCCUUCCAUGCAUCUGAAACUCCCCUUCUCCUACAUUACUUUAUAAAAUUUUCCUCAAAUAAAAUCAGUGAAAAUAAUAACAGUGAAAUAAAUAAAAAGAGUGAAAAUCA